CAAUGGACGCAGCACAAUCCCUCGACAGCAGAACAUAAGGAAGUUGCGCCCGGCGGACAAGCCGACGGCAGUUGCCAACAACAAACUGACAAACACGCCGUCCGGUGAUGGCCGACGUGAGCCCCUCCCUGAGCCGCGCCGUGGCCACUCGGCCGCCACGGAGGCGACGGCCGACGACUGGCACGCUCCAGCCACCGGCGGAGACGGCGACAGACAGGAAGAGCAAGGUCACCGGCGCAGAGGCGAGGGCGAUGAGCCGCAAGGCGACCACGGCGUGGCUGGUGGCGUACCAGGAGGCCGCGUACGCCUGGGACGACGCGGUGGACGAUCUGGAGGCUCACGUGGAGAAGGAGAAGGAGCAGCAGCCGUCGCCGGAGGGGGCUAGGAGACCAUCAAUUCUCCGUUGGCUCUUACCAUCAUCAGCUGUCCAUAGGACAGAGAAGAAAUUGAACACCAAUAUUGAAAAGCUGGGCAAGAAAGUGCUUGCGAUUUUACAGCGGGGACGGGAACAAGAUCUUAUACAAAUGGACUGGCAGCGACAUGAUUGGAUAAGUAAAUUUUCCGGGAGUCCGUCCACUAACUCUGGUAGCCUGGGAAACCUAGAGCAGGAAAAGAUGGAGUUGAUUGAUAUUUUGACUGACAGCCAAAGCUCCAGCACUGUUGUUGCCAUAGUUGGGUGCUGUGGAAUUGGCAAGACUAGAUUGGCAAGAAAAGUAUAUGAUGAUUGCUACACGAGAAAUGUUUUCAAUACAACCAUAUGGGUAGAUGGUUCCAAAGACUCAACUGGUGCGGGAUUACUGUCCGCAGUCAUACGUGCCGCUGGUGGGAAACCUGGAGCAGAAGAACAAAGUAGGGAGAAAAUUAUGGACAUGUUGGCUGUAAUACUUGAAGAGAAGAAAUUCUUACUGGUUCUUGAUGAUAUAUCGAGUCACCAUAACCAAGAGAGUUUCCUGGAAGAUCGCUCGUUUGUGAAGCAUGGAAGCCGAAUUCUGAUCACAACUCGAGACCAGAGUGUUGCAGCAGGAAUGAACCGUAGCUACAUUCAUAAUAUGCAGGAAUGGCCUUUCCAAGAUUGCUGGACUCUGCUCUGUGCUAGUGCUGGCCUGGACAAGGAACAUGACAAGGAGAACUUGAGGGAAAUUGCGAUAACAAUUAUCCAGAGGUGCAACAAGGUCCCACUGACUAUCAAGAUUAUCGGCGGUGUCCUAGCAACCAAGGACCCAACACACGCAGAGUGGAAGCAGGUUAAUGAAAGUGAACUGUGGUCCUUGGAUCUGGAGGACAUUCCUGGUGGGAUGAAGAAACUGAGUGGGCCUGUCUACAUGGCAUACAGUAAUUUGCCAUACCGUUUGAAGCUAUGUUUCCUUUACUGCCUGCAGCUCCCAGAAGGCUUUGUGAUUAGCCAGCAUGUUGUUACUCAGAUGUGGAUAGCAGAGGGCUUUAUCAUCGAAGAAGAAAAUGACUGUGAUCCUCAAGAUAUCGCAGACCGCUUUUACAGGGAGCUGGUACUCACAAACCUUCUGGAGCCUGAGAUUGGCUCUGCUGACAUGACAAGAUGCACAGUACAUGGCUGUGUCAGGUCUGUUUUGCAACUCAUAAUUAAGCACCGGUGGUUUGGGAAGAACAAGUGGGCAUCUAGUAUUGAAGAAGCAGGAAAUCUGACAAGGUUCAGGACAGUUAUCUGCAAGAAUCCCUUGGCUGACCGUGGCCUGGACAAAGUGUUUAUGGGGCGGAGAUAUUUGAGAGUGUUGGACCUUACUGGCACCGGUAUUAGGCACAUUCCAGGGUCAAUAGCACUUCUCCAUCACCUUAGGCUCUUAAAUCUUUCUCUGACUCAAAUCAUGGAACUUCCAGAGUCCAUUGAGAGCCUCAGAAAUCUGCAAUUCUUGCUCCUCCGGUGUUGCAAUGGGCUUCAUUCUCUGCCAGAGGGAAUCAGUAAGCUGCACAACUUGCAGUGCCUCGAUCUUGAAGGAUCAGCGCCACAGCUUGUCUUGCCAAGCUUGGUAGACUUGAAGCAGCUAACUACUCUGCGUGGUUUCAUAGUGAAUCAUAAGGAAGUAACUGAGAAGGAUGUCAGUGGGUGGCCAUUGGAAGACCUGGAACAUAUGAAUUCUUUGAGAAGCCUCCAGAUACUGAAGAUAGACAGAGUUGUGCAGUUUACCAGGGCACAAGAAGCUGCACUGGAGAUGAAGUCUCACCUCACACAGCUUGAUCUAUGUGGUAGCACCAGUGAUAUGCAUCUACACGUACCAGCGGCAGAAGCUAGAAGGCUCCAUGGAGUUCUUAACAGUCUCUGCCCACCCGGAUGCCUAGAGUCUCUCAAAAUAGCAAGUUACCACGGGCGAUUAUUUCCAGAUUGGUUGCCACAGCUCCCCAGUCUCCAACGGCUGGUUCUUGCUGAUUGCAAAUUCUGUGAGAGCCUCCCUUGUCUCGGACAGCUACCUCAACUCAAGUUUCUCACCAUAACUGGCUGUUCCAAGUUGUGCACCAUUCAGCGAGGGCGGUACACAGGACCAGCAUUUCUGAAGCUAGAGCAUCUCCAUGUAGAUGACAUGGACAAGUUGGAGUCAUGGACAGGAUUCCAAGCUGGUGACUUUCCUUCCCUGAUCAAGUUUCAUCUAGAUAGCUGCCCCAACAUAGAGUCACUCCCAGCUUGCCUUGAGUACUCCAAACAACUGACAAGCAUGAAGGUCGUUGCUGCUGGUAGCCUCAUAGUAAUUGGCAACCUACCCAUGCUCAAAGAGCUAAUUGUGCAAGACAGCAAAACUCUUACUAUUGUCUCCAAUCUUCCAUCACUUGAAGUCCUGAUGGUCAUUGGCUGCUCUGGGCUGCAAGAUGUGAAGGGACUCAGAUGUGUAAAGCACCUCCGCAUAGUAGACAGAGAGCUCACAAGGCUUCCAGAUUGGUUGACAGGGCACGCUUCAGUGCUACAGACGUUGACUGUCUUCGGCACCGAGGAACUGCUCGGCAUGUUAGUUCCCAGUGGCAAAGAUUGGCCGGCCAUUCGUGACAUCGAAAAAGUUUAUGGUAACCUGACUGAUGGAUCUCCAUUCUUCACAUACACAAAGAAGAUGGGCGAUUUCCAAGCAUUUGGAGAGCAACGAGAUCUUGUUGUCAGGUCAGUAGUUGACCAUCAAUUGGAGGGCUGGUCUUCACAUUUCAUGGCUAGGAGUUUUAUCUCUCGAAUCAGCAUGCACAAUACCAUCAAAUGGUAUUUGAUUCCUCUGCUUGCCACUGCCCUGGUGCUUUUGCUGUCCAUGGUUGAGGAGAUUAAAGUCAUAGGAGUCUUCCUCGUCUUCUUCGCUAUCAUAGCAUGUUUUUGGUGUCUUUACUUCUUCAGUAUCUGUAAAGCUUCGAACUAAGAUUGGAGGAAACAAAACCAUGUGGAAAGGAAAGGAUCGAAUAUUUCAGUGGUACAUGUACUCAUUGUAAAUUUGCCUGUGUUGUCUGCUAAAUGCUGCUUGUGUGGGGUAAUGGCUCACCAUGUACUCCCUCCGUUCCAAAAUAAGUGUGUGUGUGUGUGUGUGUGUGUGGGGGGGGGGAAUAUAAGGCAUUAACUCAUUGGGGGGGAAAAGGCAGUAGCCGAUGUAUAUAUCAAGCACUGACGUUUUCUGAGAUAUUACCCUGUGUACUGUAUAGAAAAUAAAAGAAGAUACAUGCUUUCUCUAUCCAGUGAUGCUGCUGCUGCAUUCGACGAAAAAAGACAGGGGAGGAAGCUGAAUCACUAUUGGAAACAAUAUGUUCUUCCUUAUAAUCUACUCAAGAUUUAUUUUUCCACUCACAAGCUCUCUGCAUAAUGGCAACAUUGUCUGAUUGUCACAUGCCAAGGAUGAGAGGAGAAAGAAAUGCAAGUAUAAAAGAGAAAGUCAAUGCUUCAAGUCAGUCAAGCCUACUAGGGGGAAGAGAGAGACACCUAGCUACAGUCCACCAUGGACCAUGGACAAAGUAACACCUCCCUCUCAUGGACCAAGUGUACAGACCAGAUUAGACUAAAUGCCUCCAGCUAUGGGUGAUUCGUGCAUGGCCUUCAGCCUGUUGAAGAACACCCUAUGGGUACAUGUACUUUAAUACUCCCUCUGUUCCAAAAUAAUUGAAGUUCUAUGUUUUUCUUAGUCAAACUUUUUUUAAGUUUGACCAAGUCUAUUGAAAAAUCCGCAAAGACCUACAAUAUCAAAUAUAUACAAUAUGAAAAUUUAUUUCAUAAUGAAUCUAAUGAAGUAAAUUUUAUUUUGUAGAUGUUGAUAAAUUUUAUAUAGACUUGGUAAAACUUAAUGAAGUUUGACUUAGGACAAUCCUAAAACUUCAAUUAUUUUGAAACGGAGGAAGUACAUCUCUUCCAUUUGAAUGAACUCUCUAACCCUCAAGGGUGACCUAGUGCUACUUUUCUGUCGAGGAAUGCCAUAAACUCUGUGAAGGAAUCCAUGCUACCGAGGUUACAACAUAAGCACGACUAUCCAAAAGACCAAUUGACUCCGUCACCGGGGACAUGGUCAUAAGCUUGGCCUCUUCGCCUUACCUGGAUUAGACCUCCCGUCAAGAGUUCAGGCAAAACCAUGUUAAGAAACAUCGU